GUUGAUGCGCCGCUCAUCGCAUCGAGGGGAAGAAUUUGAGUUUGUUGCAUAAACGAGAGCACCGAGAAGAGAUUUUGUAUUUUUUUUUUCUCGGGAGCUCGAAAUUUGAAUUUUCCCGCUGCGAUGAUGUUCUUGUUUCGUUGAUUGAUGACGCUGUUCUGCUGCUGAAGUGAGAAGUAAUACUGCCCCGUACGGAUCCAAGCUCGGUGAGAGAAAGUCUUGGCUUUUGGGGGAGAAAACCGACUUUGUUCAGCUGUGAUGCACCUUGUUCGUGAAAAUUUGUUCAUUGGGAAUAUCUCAGAUGCGGCAGAAGUCCUCCAAAACGGCAGCACUGAAGUUACUCAUAUUCUGUCAGUACUGAGCUCUGCCUCCAUAUCGUUUUUCACUGAGUGGCGUAGCAGUUUAACAAUACCCAGUAAAGAAAUCAAGAAGGUCUAUGUUGGAGGUUCAGGUGGCGCUGUGAACUCUGAAGAUGUUGGGGGUGAUGGGUCCAAGAGUUGUUUGUCGCCUGAGAAGCUCUUGUAUUCACUGGAGCAUGCAGGGAAGGAUUUGAAGUUCGUGAGAAUGGCUGUGCCGAUUAAGGACACAGAGAGUGAGGUCUUGUUGGACUACUUAGAUCCAUGCUUGGAAUUCAUUGAAAAGAGUCGGAAAGAGGGGUCUGUCUUGGUACAUUGCUUUGCCGGAGUGUCUAGAAGUGCAGCUAUUAUUACUGCAUAUCUGAUGAGAUCAGAGCAACUAUCUGCAGAAGACGCACAUGAAUCACUGCGGCAAAGUUGUGAUUUUGUUUGCCCAAAUGAUGGUUUUAUAGAGCAGUUACAAAUGUUUGAGGAAAUGGGCUUCAAAGUCAAUCGAGACAGCCCCAUCUACAAGAAAUUUCGACUGAGAGUUCUGGGCGAUUCUUACAACCGUGGGGAGAAAAUAGACAGUUCCAAGUUUGCGGCAGAUCCUGGCUUGCCAACAGAACCUCCGUCUGAAGCCAGAGCAUCUCCAAAUGGACCAGUUGAUCGUAAGAUUGCCUACCGCUGCAAGAAGUGCAGAAGGAUUGUGGCUUCGCAAGAGAAUGUUGUGGAUCAUCUUCCAGGAGAGGGCGAAUCAUCCUUUGGGUGGAACAAGAGAAGAGGCGGCAACCCUUUUGACAAAUCUGAUGAGUUUGAGUGCUCUUCUAUAUUUAUCGAGCCUUUGCGGUGGAUGACAGCUGUUGAAGAAGGGGCAUUGGAGGGCAAGUUAUCUUGUGCACAUUGCGAUGCUCGCCUUGGUUACUUCAAUUGGUCGGGCAUCCAGUGCAGUUGUGGGAGCUGGAUCACUCCUGCUUUUCAGCUCCAUAGGAGCCGAGUCGAUAUCAGCACCGUGUAAUGCUAAGAGGUCAACAGAGGGAGGUCAUCCUGCUCGUACUUCCAGUGUCAAAUAUACUGCCAAUAAUAAAUCGAGACCUCAAUUAGGCAGCUCGAAGUACAGUACACCAUGUCAAUACCCAUUCAUGGUUGGUGAGAAACCGUUUUGUGUCUGAACUCCUUUAGAACUGGCACGAUCCCGUUUCUAUGUGUGAUGGCCUGGUUUUUCCGAGUCAGUGGCGAAAUAGAAACGAGUAUAAAACGAGAGUAGGACGUGCAUCGGCAAUUCCUUUUCGGGCCUUUGGCCCUUGGAGAGUUGAUGGUCAUCACUUGUAUUCGUGAUUCUUUUUGACAACUCGAGCCAUCGAGCAUUCCAGAGGAAACUGUUGCAGAGAGUCCUUGAUGCGUAGUUAAUCUAUACUGGUACUUGGAGAAACGUACUUUUCAUUAUUCAUGUAUUGUGGCUUGGCUUAAG